AUGAAUUACCAGACCCUCAGCAUGGAAGGCAAUGCCUCCUCACCGCAGCCUGGCUUGGUGAACGGGUCGUCUUCGCCGGGUCGAUCCGUGAUCCCCGUCGAGGACCAAAUUAGCGCGGCACCGAUUACCCGACAAGUCCAAACAACCUCCCCGCAGAGCUUCACUCCUCGCUCGUUAAUCGUCGGCCUCAUCAUUGGUGCGCUGAUCACCUUUUCCAAUACCUACUUCGGUCUCCAAACAGGAUGGAUCAGUACUAUGGCAAUGCCUUCUGCCUUGAUUGGCUUCUCGGUCUUCAAAGUUCUGUCGAAUCACCUGUCUUUCCCGUUCACGCCGAUCGAGAAUGUCCUGAUUCAGACCGUGGCCGGCGCAGUAGGUACCAUGCCCCUGGGUUGUGGGUUUGUGGGCGUCAUUCCUGCCUUAGAAUUCUUAUUGAGGGACGGCGAGGACGGUCCCACAGGUGACGGUGGUGAGGGCGAGGGCGGACCACUGAAGCUGGGCUUUUGGAAGCUGGUCAUCUGGAGCCUUGGGGUGUGUCUGUUCGGCGUGGUAUUUGCUGUGCCUCUGCGGAAAGAGGUUAUUGUGCGAGAGAAGUUGCGAUUUCCCAGCGGUACCGCUUCGGCGCUCAUGCUGCGAGUGCUUCACGGCGCUAAGAAUGAUGAAAAGAUCCCUUUAUCAACAGAGCACCGAAUCGCCGAACCGGGUGAGCAGAUCGAUGUCAUUCCUCAAUCUCAAGAGCGGGAAGAACAAGGCUUCCUACUGAAGGACGGUGACAACGAAGACCAGGCAUUGCAGAAGAAAGACUGGAGGUCAAAAAUGCGCCUUUUAAUCGGAGCAUUUGCGGUCUCGGGUUUUUACACUUUAUUCUCUUAUUUCGUUCCCUUCGUUCGCGAUAUUCCUUUGUUUGGUGUUCCUCUAGCCCACAACUGGCUUUGGACGCUCAACCCCUCGCCUGCGUACGUGGGCCAGGGAAUCAUCAUGGGUCCCUCAACUUGCAUGCAUAUGCUCUUUGGAGCCGUGCUGGGAUGGGGUGUUCUUUCGCCGCUCGCCAAGGCUCGCGGAUGGGCACCUGGACCCGUGGACAGCUGGGAGGACGGGAGUAAAGCGUGGAUUGUCUGGGUCUCUCUGGCUAUUAUGCUUGCAGACUCACUUGUCAGUCUUGGAUGGCUGGUGGCGAAGCCGCUGGUGAAUAGUGCUCCCAGAUGGAUUGCCUUUCUUCGUUCUACUCGACUAGGCCGAUGGCUUGCGUUGCGAUUGCAGUCAUCUGAGGCUAAUCGCCAUUCUUACAUUAAUUACUCCUCCUUGGACUCCGAUCAGCCUUUGCUUGCCCAUGAGACCCAUGGUAAUCCCCCGACACAGAUUGCGCCAGGCGUCGAAGAGGAUGAAGACGCACCGCCUUCUCAACUCAUUUCUAAUCGCACGGUAGCAGUCCUGCUCCCUUUGACCCUCAUCUUGAAUGUGAUCUGUAUGCACAUUGUGUUCGGCGACAUCAUGUCCCCGCUGCUAUCAAGCCUGGCCACCAUUCUCGCCGUUCUCCUAUCUAUCAUGGGCGUUCGCGCACUUGGCGAAACCGACCUCAACCCGGUUUCCGGAAUUAGCAAACUCACCCAGUUAAUCUUCUCGCUCGCUACCCCAUCGUCACAUUUUUCUCGACGUACAGCGCUGGUAACGAAUCUCCUUGCCGGUGCAGUAUCCGAGUCGGGUGCCCUACAGGCUGGCGACAUGAUGCAAGAUUUGAAGACUGGCCACCUUCUAGGUGCAAGCCCUAAAGCACAAUUCUAUGGUCAGAUGAUUGGCAGCCUGGUUGGUGCUGUUCUUUCGACCGCCGUAUACAAGAUGUAUGUCAACGUAUACGAAGUCCCAGGCGACAUGUUUCAGACGCCGACCGCUUAUGUCUGGAUCUUCACUGCGCGCCUUGUCACAGGACAGGGGCUACCAGAGAUGGCCUGGCAGGCGUCUGUCAUUGCUGGCAUAGUGUGGAUGAUCCUCACAGCUUUGCGCAUCGCCGCCGCAUCCCCUGCAUUUGCACGUAAUGGGAAACCUCCUGCUUGGCGCGAUUGGAUUCCGGGUGGCAUCGCCGUGGCUGUUGGAAUUUUCAACGUGCCCUCAUUCACACUGGCCCGAGCCAUCGGUGGCGUGAUAGCCUGGUGGUGGUCGCGGAGUCAUCAGACAUCGUCCGCUGAUCAAGCAACCCACAAUGAAAUUGCCAAUGGCUCUCAAGCGCCUACAGACGCUCACGGGGUUCCCACAUCCGCCGAGCAGGCAGCCGAGAAAGCGGACGCAGCUUCUUCUACUGUUGUUGUCUUGGCGUCUGGACUGAUUCUGGGCGAAGGUAUUAUGAGCAUUAUAAACCUCCUUCUUGCAAGCGGGAAGAUGCCUCAUUUAUAG